GCGAGGCCAGGGAUCGAACCCGCAACCUCAUGAACUAUGGCUAUUUUAAAAUACGCCUGGAAAGGCUUGAUAUUCUUUCCUUCAAAUGUGACGCAACCUCAAGAGCCUGAGCUAGACCUGCCGGCCACGCUUUUGCUAGAUUCCUGAUCCUCAGAAACAAUGGGAUAAUGACUCUUUGCUGCUUUCAGUCUGCUAAAUUGCGUGGUAAUUUGUUACACUUCAGUAGAUAACAUACUAGUUGCUUGGAUGACCAAUCUCUGCCCUCUAAGACCUCCCAGCCCAGGUCCGCAAAGCUCCCGGCUCCACUCCUCGCGGCGGAACCAGGCGACGCGGAUGUGUUUCCGGGGGAGCGAAUUCGGCGUCGGACCGGAAGUUCUCGGGCGGCAGCGGCAGAUGGCGGCUCCAGGACACCCUGCUCGGGAGACAUCGGCUGCGCCAGGUCCAGGGCACCCUACGUGCGGUGACGCCGCCUCCAGGGCCAAGAAACAAAAGAAGAGGAAGAAAGCCCGAGAUGGGACCUCUGUGGCGAGUGGAGGCGGGAAGGCCUUGGAAAAGCCGGUCCCAGAGGAAGCCCCCCUAAGCGCGGAGGCCCAGGCGGAGCAGCUGGCCCGCGAACUGGCCUGGUGCGUGGAGCAACUGGAGCUGGGGCUGAAGAUGCAGAGACCCAGCCCUAAGCAGAAAGAGCAAGCUCUUGGGGCAAUCCGAAUCCUGCGCAGCCAGAAAACCCCUUUGCCUCGGAAGAGGCAGCUGAUGCACUCCUUGUUUGGGGACUAUCGGGCUCUGAUGGAAGCCCAGCGGCGCGAGGCCCUGCGGGCUCUAAGGACUGAGGGCCCAGACCUCUGGUGUGGACUGGAUCCUGGGAUCUGCAUCGCAACCAACCCUAGGAGGCGGCCCCUGGGGAGCCUGAAACAAACUUGAGAGGUGAGGCCUCCCCAGUCGGGGUAACCAAGCCGCUGUCCCGGUGAAACCGCCAGUAGGGUGCAGCCUCCGGACCGGAAAGGGACUGCCCCCUAACAGCUUCGUUUCUGUGCAGCAGAACCGUCACCAAUGGGUACAUGGAGGAGGUCGCCCUCUGACGGCACCUCCAAGUCCAACACCAUUUCUGCAGCUGCACCUAGAAUUGGAAAAAAACAGGGUUGAGAAACCCUUGUCCAGUUUCACACAGUGCUUUGCCAAACCAAGGGCCCCUGUGAGAAGUUCAGGGUCAUUUCUAAUCUCUCUCCUGGUAUUGUGGGCUCAGCCUGAGCAUCCUCUGGUUUCUGCCUCUGCUGUGAGUAGCUGCUCCCCCUUCUGACAGUUCCCCUGAGUCAUCUGCUCCUCCCUCGCCUGGCUCCCUGCCCCUCUCUCCCUCCAGUCUACCAGUCCUCCCUGCUGCGCUCAGCCCUCCUGAUUCCCCACCUCCACCUCUUGGCAGGCCUCCCCCAGGCACGGGCCCGGUGCGCCCCGGAGCCGCCCUCAGUGCCAGCUCUCUGGACUCACGAGGCUGCUCCCGCUUCGAGAUGUUCCCGGUGCAGAGGGCAGACUGUCCACCCCGAGUGGCCCUUCUCGUCCUCGGAUCUGUUAUAACCAGAAGGGUCAACACAGGGGUUGAAGGGAGGCCCCAAGGGAAGUCCUUAAUUAAUUUUCCU